UUAACGCCAUUAUUUAGAUUUAAGAUUUAGUGGGUUUUAAAUUUGAACAAUGUUUGUUUCUCAUGUUUUGAAUUGAACUUGGAUAGAAGAUUUAGACUACUUCUAUGUCAAAUUUUAAGCUAAUUGGUAUCUGUUGUUGCGCUUACUGUUCUGUACUUACUCUUAAUUUUCAUCUAUUCGACCUAUGUCGAAGUGCAGUAAAAACAGAUUUGAGUCUGUUCUUAUAAAAAUUGCCUUUGCGUUUGCAUUAGAAGUGUUUGUGAAAUUGCCUGAAAGAAACUACGAUUGACCUAAACUUCUUUUUAAUAUGUUGUUUCAAGACAUCUUAACUCACAGUUUCAAAUUAUAUGCUAAAAGAUCAUAUCUACAUUUGUUCAGUUAAAGGAUUCGUGCACUAGCAAAAAGUUGAUCAUUUAUUGUUCUUGUACAUUAGCCUGCAAUAUGUCACCAACUUCAACUUGUGGGUCCUAUUCAUGGUUGGAAAGAUUGAGAAAUCUACACUAAGAUAAGUUUACUUGGAUAAAAGUGAUUUAAAGACUAGCUAGAGAUUGAAGUAGCUUCCUGUCAAAAAUUAUAAAAUUGGUACCUGAUAAUUUCGUUGAUCAUAAAUGAUUAGUUGGCAAUCAAUUGGAAGUGUUUACAUGUCUCCCCCAUCCUCUAUUGUGUUUGAUUUGAUGAAACUUUGUAGCUAUUUCUCCAGGAAGCUAGAAAUAUUUGACUGGCUAUUUUUAAUCUGCAGAAUGUUUCCUUCUCAUGUUCUGAACUUGGAUAAAAUAUUUAGACUACUUUUGUCUAAAAUAUUUAGCUAAUUGGUGAUAUAUUAUUGUGCUCGCUUUUGUGCGUCUUUCAGAUUGCUCCUUCAAGUUGCUCUUCCUGAGCUAAGUUUUAAUUUUCAUCUGUUCUGCUUCUAUCGAAGUGCAGUAAGAACAGAUUUGAGUUUGUUGUUACAUAAACUGCAUUGGGUUCGUAGUAGAAGUGUUUGUGAAAUUGCCUGAAAGGAAUUACGACGGACAUAAAAAAUUCGACAGCUCUUUCUUUAAAGUUGUCUGCUAAUUUAUGGUAGUUUUACUCAUACGACACGUUAACAUCAAUACUAAUGGAUAUUGAUGUUUUAGCAUACUAUAAAAUACUGAAAAAGAAACCCAAAACAAGAAAAACUUCUGCCAAUGAGGUUAAGAUUCUGAAUACCUGGUACAAAAACUGAAAAGUAAUUGAUGGAAAUGAGCAAAACAAUGAAUUAGGAGGACUGUUUACUAAUUUUUGUUCACAAAUGAAAGCAACAGAAAACCAGAGCAGCAACAUCAAAUUUUGAUAUCCUUUAAAAAAAUUCAAAUAUUGGCGUCAUGCUAAAAAGUGUUCAACAUUGUGAAAAGUUCACAUUGGAAUAUGGUUCUAUCGUUCAAGGGAUGAAACUUAUUAUAAUUUUCAACUAUUAAAUAGAACAAGUAGGAUAAAAGCGAAUUGGUGAUAAGGAUUUGAAUCGUUUCUAAUAAUUAUGAAGCAAUUCCCUAACUUGUUCUAAAAUAUUGGAUAAGGAUUUUCAAUAUAGAAUGUGUUAAGCAUACUUUUUUGACAGAAACAAAAAGGAGAAGACUGACCUUGGGAAUUGCUAAUUAGCUCAAAAUGUUAUUUAACAUGCUCUUGUAGCUCUUCUGUAAUGAUGAAUAGUACCUAAAAUUUUAAUUAAAAAAAAUUAGGUGUAUGUUGACUGCUUCCGGAAUAUACAUAUCACAACAAGGAAUAAGUAAAAUUAAAAUGGAGAUGAUGGUAAUUUAAAAGUUGUAGAUAAUAAAAUCGAUUCAAGAAUUCGUAUCGUAUUUUGUCAUACAGUAAACUUUUAGCGAUGAAAAUAAUAUUUCCAUUCCACUUUCUGACUACUGCUUAAACUUCAGAAGACAUCUAUGAAAUUAUUUUUCUUUGCAAAAUAAUUACUUCUGUGUAAUUCUCAUUACUUAACAGACAUAGAUUCACUUUGUCUAUGUCGUUAAUUUGUGUUUGACCAACUACAGUAUUGGUUAAAGCAGCUUAUUAGAUAGACAACUCAUUGAAUUACAUGUCUUGUUAUACGUUCCUAUGUUUGUUUAUGCUUAGUUGUUAUUUGUACUAUGAUAUCCUAUUUUACAAUGUCAAAUAGUUUUGCUUUCACUGAUUGUUACCUAAUUAUUGCUUCCUCGACAUCUUCUACUGUUUGAUGAGGAAAAUUUAAUUAUAAUGUUGUAGGAAAACGUGUAGGUCACCUACAAUAUCGACAGUUGUAAAAAAAAUACAUUAAUGAAUAGUCGACAGUCAAAAAAAGGUCCUCGCUCAGUGACAGAAGCUGAUGAUAAGAAUGCCAAACACCGUAAAAUAGAUGUUAGGGUAGUAGCCACUGAGAAAGAAAAAAUGAUUUUCCAACGACGCCUAAAAAAUUGUCAAACAACAACUAAUCGUCUUCUUGCAAAUGCAAAUCACGUGAAUCCCGUUGGAACAUCAUCUAAAUUACAGGAUGAUCUUACUAUUGGAGCUUCUUGUUCUUCUUCAAAAUUAGUUACUGAGCGUGCAACUUUUUCCUCAUUGGAUGUCUUUCGUAGCAAGAAAGAUGUGAUUCAUCCUUUCCAUGUUUUUGAAAAAGGCUCGACAUCGGGUAUAGCAAAUGAUUUAUGUACUCCAAUCUUGGAUACACCUACAACUAAAGAAGAAACAAUGCAAACCAGAGGUGGCAAGCGAAUGGUUAUUGAAGAGCAAUGUGAUGAUGAAGGUGUGCGGUCUUAUAUUGAACAACUGAUGGAUGAUCAAAACUACUUUCAAGCCCAAACACAUGAUGGUCAAUCUAAUGAACUGAAUAAUUCGGCUGACAUCGGAGUUCAUCAGAAUGAUGACUCAGAGGCAAGGAAGGUUUGUGGGCCUACAUUACUAAAAAAAAUUUGGAAGAUGCCUCCAGGGAAGACAAUUGAUGUGCAGUUCAAUAGUCGUAACAAUUCAUUGGGAAAGCGGGUAGAAAGCUAGCAAGCUUUCUAGGGAUUGUCGCUAGAACUCGAGAACUAACUCCAUUACAUGUAAAUGAUUGGAGAAGUUUUGGCAAGGAUGAAAAGAACAAAUUGGUGGAAUUUGUGAGGAAGAAGUUCUCUAUCCCAACGCGCGGAGAAAAGCAUGUGAUAAACUCACUAGGAAAGAAAUAGAAAGAUUAUAAGUGUGAUUUAAAAAGUGAGUAUACAUCUAAGUAUAAGACAAAAGAUGCUCUACUGAAAAAUAGACCAAGUCGUAUACCCAGGGAUCAGUAGACUGGUCUCGUCUCAUAUUGGCUCUCUGAUAAAGCUAAGAGGCGAACACAAGCAAAUAGAAAUAAUAGGGCCAAGCAAAAUAUGCCUCACACUGGAGGAUCCAAAAGUAUUGCCACCUUGAUGGCUGAGAAGGCUGAAAAUGGGAUAGAGCCUACACGAGCACAAUUUUUAUUUUAACUCAUAAACAACGUAAGGAUGGUCGACCACUUGAUGAGGAGUCUGCAAAGACAAUUGUAAGAUUUCUUCUCAAUCUCUUAUUUUUCGAAUUUCUUCUAUUUUUUUAAUUAAAUCCAGGUUCACCAAUAUUAUUUGCGUCUUCAGUUCCUCAAAAAUACCUGUGAUGACCCAAAAGGUCAUCACUUGUUUUUAAAUUGAAUUCUACGUUUCGAGGCCUUAACACCUCAUUUAGCAUUACCUCGAUUUGCGUGCGCAGUCCGAGUACGUAGCCGGAAAGCCUAUAUGUGAAAAUCUGUGAAAAAUGAUAAAUUUUGACUAUAAGAUGAGUUAAUUUGACUUCGGUCAAUAUUUUGGGUAAACGGACUCGGACCCAUGAUAUGACGGUCCCGGAGAGUCCGUAGGAAAAUGUGGGACUUGGGCGUAUACCCCGAAUCGAAUUCCGAGGU